AUGGCGAGUGACAUGAAACAGCGCAAAGCCGCCGAGGCUAUGGACCAUAUUCGUCAGGCUGAAAAAUGUAUGAAAACAUCGUUAUUCAAGUGGAGACCUGACUUGGAUGGGGCCGCUUCAGAAUACAACAAAGCAGCAACAUGUUACAGAAAUGCAAAGUGUCUGAAGGAGGCUAAAGAUGCUUGUAUUAAAGCCGCAGAAGUCCAGCUCCAAAUGAAUGCGCCAUUCCAUGCAGCAAAGUCAUAUGAGCAGGCUGGUCUUAUCUGUAAGGAGAACAACAUGAUAGAAGAUUCCAUUAAUUUGAUGGAAUAUGCUGCCAAACUAUUUCAGGAGGAUGGUUCACCUGACACAGCAGCCCUUGUACUGGACAGGGCGGCAAAAAUAGUUGAAAUUUCUCACCCUACCAAGUCUGUACAGCUGUUCCAGAAAGCCUGUGACGUUUCUGAGCUUGAAGAUAAACCGAGACAAUGUGCAGAGUUUAUUGGAAAGGCAGCAAGGCUAUUGAUUCACCUUCAGAAGUAUGAUGAGGCACUAACUGCACUGAAGAGAGAAAUUGACUUUCUAGCUUCUGUUGAAAAUUUCCCUGCCAUCAGCCGCGUCCUGAUUGGUGCUAUAUUGGUUUACUUGAAGCAGGGUGAUCCUGUCGGAGCAGAACAGUUCUACAACUCUGCCCUUGGGUAUCCGGGGUUUGGUGACAGUGAGGAGGCGGCUUUGAUUGAUGAGUUGAUCCAGACAUACAGUGAUGGAGAUGAGGAAGGGUGCCGUGCAGCUCUCUCGUCCCCAACCAUCAAGUUCAUGGACAAUGCUUUUGCCAAACUUGCAAGGGAUAUGGAGAUACCUGCCGGAAUGGGCCGUCGAGUUCCCAGACACCAGGAGGCAGUGAGUGGGUCUGUAGCUCCUGGCCAGACUUCCAGAGCACAGCUUGAUGAAGAUGACCUAGAGGAGGGAGGAUUAUGUUGAAAAGAAUUCUUCUCUCUGUGUAAUAGCCUGGGACUUACGAAGAGAGGUAAUCCUUAGCAAGAUAACUAUGGAAGUGGACCACAGACUCUGGGACUUAAAUCAUUCCACAAAGUUGUAGUUUAUACAUGGAUUACUAUAUAGACUGUGAAGUUAGAAUGAUACUACUAUCAUCUAGUAGACAACUUGUACAACGUGGGGCUGCUGAUUGACAGUCAACACAUUGGAGUUUCUUCAAUCUAAAAUGGCAUUCUAUGUUAGAACAACUUGUAAAUGAAAUCAACUUUUUAACUUUUUUCUACUAUUAUCAGCAAAAUGUUUCAAAGUGCUUCUUAAUUUACUUUUUCUGUCAUUUACAGGGUAUUUUUUGUGAAAAACGUACUUGUUAACAUACGUUUUUGGUCGUUUUUAGAAUUUCUAUUGUGAAAAAAGCUUGUUUAUGAUCAUUUGGAAGAAAGCUGAUUCACUGUGAAAGCUAUUAUUUUUGUGCGAUUCUAAUUUUCACUGUUUUUAUGAUUGUAUUUCUACCACAAAAUGUAUUUCUAGUGAAAAUUGAUUCCAGUGUAGAAAGAUAUUUACUGUAUCAACGGAUAUCAUGCUCCAUUAAUGUACUGAAUCUGGGAGCCGUCCAAGGGAGAAAAAGAACCAUUUAAUUAGAGUGGAAACCCAACAAAAGUUAGAAAUUGAAAAAAAUAAUUCUAUGCAAUUCCGUGAAUUAAAUUAAAUUUAACUCACUCUUCAAUUAUGAUAUGGUAAAUAAGUUCUUAAUGUUUAAUAGUUUAGACAGUAAAAGAAUUGAUGGAAUGCUGUAUAUUUAUAUUAAUAGAUGUAACGAUGAACUGUUUCACCUAACUUUUUAUUUAAAAAAAUUGGUUCAAUUCAGAUUCACAGAAGUGGCUAUCCUGUCAAUACUUCAUUAGUUAUUAUAGGGACAGUCAUAAAUGUGCUAAUUAAUAAUCUUAUUUAUCUGGAAAUAAGCCCAGGACUGGUAAAAAAAAUCCACCUACAUAUGUUUCCCUAGAAAUGGCAAUAAAUGCUUACUUCAUUGGCGUACAAUAAGCCAAUAAGCACAUCUUUCUGAUAUGAGUCCAAGGUUACUGUAUAUGUUGGUACCAUGGGCUUAUUGGACGAUGAAUACAGGUAUGUAAAUAGUAAAUGAACGUUGAAGAUCUCAGAAACCUACAGAAUUAACUACUAACCAAAUUGAGGUCUGCCAUAUCUUGUUGAGUGUUGUUUGGGAACAGAGUAGACCAGUGAUCGUUAGCAUAGUUCUGAUGUCAUCUAUAAACAUGUGCAAUAUCAAUGUAUUAAAUAUAUUGUUACUUCUGUGUGAUUUGAAUUUGAUUGGAAAUUUCUAUGUGAUUAUAAAACUUGGUUGAAGAAUUGAUACUGUACAAGUAUUGUAUUUUAGUUUUAUACAUGGUCUUGCUAUGUGUACCUAAGCAGUUUAUAUACUUAAAUAAUUGUUUAGGAAAUGGUUAAGAUUUUACUUUAUCUUUAUAUUAAUUUUCUUCCUGGCUGUAUAAAUUACAGAACAGUUGAUGUUGAAUAAUUUUACAGUCUUAUUCGGGUUAUUCCAAUAAAACCUACUUAACCCCGGGGCGCCAAAUCUCUCUUAUUGAUCAGAAGAAAUAUGCUGGAGAUUAUAAUAUUGGGUAAAAUUUGAGAUUGGUAAGAAUAUUCACAUAGUAGUUGUGAAUACCUUAUGAUUCCUAGACAUUCAUGUCUCCUGAAGAUUUGUUUAAUUAAUUGUUAUCAAAAAGCAAUUUACAAUUCAUAUUUUUCAUGUUAAAGGCGUUUAUGAAUGUGUGUGUGAUUUUGAUAAUAACCUUUCAUAAUAUCAGUAUAUACACCAAACUGCUGUUCAGUUUUUCAAUAAUCACAUUAGGUGCUAUACUCAUUCUUGAUUAUAUUACCAUAUUUAUCUUACUAUAGGCCUAUGCCAGUUAAUAUGCUCACCCAUUGAAGUGAAAUAGAAUUGUCAACAAAUGAUAUUAACUUUUCCUCUGAAAACCCUACAUUCACCUACACUUAGUGAAAGACUGUGUGCAGUCUCCCUGGGCUUAUUAAAGGAUAAGUUUGAAAAUUUGAGAGUUAUUCAGGACAUCAUACUAUAAACAUGCGUAAAUUUUGUGUUAAUCAUAAUUUAGCUCAUUUUUGCAUUGAAUGUAUUGUUCUGAAAUAUGAUUGUUUCACUCGACUUUCUGUAUGUUAAUUAGAUAGCAGCUUUAUUUGAUGCACUAAUUAAUCUUUAUGCUAAUUUUGACAAUGUUCUAAAACAGAUUGCACCAAAUUAAGUUUGUUUACAGUACUUUGUUUUAGCAAGAUUUUGUUAUGUACUUGCAUAAACAUAUUUCAAUCUUAUGACUAAAUGAAUUAAUUAACUUGGCCUAUUGAGGUCUGAUUCCAGUAUCAUUAUUUAUUUUGCUUUAGAAAAGGUGAGAAAAUAUUUAUUGUGUGUGAGACAAAGGACUGUACAACAGAGUAAGGUGUAGACUCAUCCUUGUCAGUGAAGGGUCAUUUACAUGGUCUUAUAUGUAAAACAAUAUCAAUUUGUAAAUUGUCAAUAUUUAUUUUACUGACUUGAACAAGAAGAAAAAUACAUUAGGACACAGAAAAUGCUGAAGACCAUUAUAAUUGAUAUAUACACCAGACAUGUAUAAUUUGUUAUAAAAGGUGGAAUUUAUUACUGGAACAGAGAAUCAUAAAAAUAUGAAAAGGAAUUAAUGUUUAUUCAAGGAAUAGUGAAAACUUGAACACAAAAUAUUCAAAAUUAUGAUAAUUCUUUUACAUGGACAUGAAGAAGAGUGAAAAUGUGAUAUGAUUUGUUUACAUUACAUUAUUGUCUGAUACACUGUUCUGUUAAUAGUUACAGGAGUGAUGUUGCAAAGUCUGUUGUUUUGUUUGUUUUGUUAGUUAUGUGUUAAAAUGGUUUAAAUGUUAACAUAAAACAUAUUGACAUGAGUGUGUGAUUGGAUGCGUGUACAUGUUUGUAUAUGUUCCUGUAAGGACUCCUGAGUGAUUGAUGUAUGUAUGUUGAUUCAUGUUAGUGGUUGUAUGGUGUUUCAUAAUUAAAUAAUUUUUGUUUUUUAUUGAGAAUUAUUAUACUCUCUGAUUUCAAUUUUCAGAAAUCAUCAGAUAGCUGUCAUAUGAAGGACGUUAUAAAGUACAAUUUGGUAUGACAGUUUACGUACUAGUAGCAGAGAAUUAAAGUCAAUUUGUUGUUUGAAUUUACAGAAAUCGUUGGACAAUUGAUAUUCUGUUUUUCAUAAUGUAAAGUUAUCUGUUCAUAUUAGCUGAUGUUGAUUGUCACAUUAUUAGUUUUUACAGAAAAAUUAUGUCAUUUUCCCAAGAUUUUUUUUUUAAUAUUAAUCCCACAAAUUAAUUGAAAAUAACAUUCAAUACCUGCUCACAAGAGCAGAUAACUCUAGACCUUCAUUACUAAGAGAAGGAAUGUGUAGGUUAGCAGUACUAUUAUGUGUGCAUGUCCACCUAUUAGUAGCAGAGAUUUGUAAAAAGAGCAAGGCCUGAUUCCAUUAAACAACCAUCAUCAAUAAUUAAUUAUUAAAACAUUUAAAAAAUGUGUAGUGUAUAGAUUUUAGAGUACACAUUGUGAUAAAUCUUACUUUUUUUAUCACUGGCAAAUAUUUGAAUGCGAGGAUGGAUUCCAGCUAACAAAUAUUAAAAAAAAACUUCCCAAAAAAAAACAUGAGGGAUUCAAACCAUUGUUGAAAGUCUUUCUUGCACCCACAUGCCUUUGAGGGUAUUGUAAGGAUUUUGAAAUUUAUAUUAACACUCACUUUUAGAUCCAGAUUCCUACAAAAAAAAACAAAAAAAAAACAGGAUUUACAAAAAGCAACAAUGUAAUUCUAACAUAUCACUAGAAAGAUAAAAGUGUGAGAUUUUGUUUGAUGGAGGUAACAAAGUGUUGUCACUGAAAUGUCAUAAAUGAAUUCUGGUUGUGAUAUACAUAAAUCUUUUCCCAUAUAUACUUACCAACCUGAGGGAAAUGUUUCAUGGCUGAACUUUUCUUUUGAGCAAAACGUGUUUACAAAUUGUAUCAAGGAAUGUAUAAUGUUUUAGAAAAUACAAGGAGUUGUUAGAUGUUUGAUCUAUCACAUUAAAUUAACAAAUUAAAUGAAUCUAUGUAAAUAUUUCACACUCUUAAGCAAGCUAGUUUUCAACAAUUUUAUUAUUAUUUAUGCCAAUCUCUGGCUAUCAGAUGUAUGUGUGGGUAUGCUGGAGAAUGAGGCUGUCAUUUUUGUUUGUAAGAAAUCCAUGUAGCCAAUAUUUAAUCAAUUUUGUCCAAGGUGAACAGACUUCAGAUAAUAAACAUUCCUUAAAAAUAU